AUGGACCCUGAACCGUCGCUGUCGUUGUGGCAGGACCAUCUCCAAGAUGAGUCGCUCAUGCCGGCCGGAGACGACGACUUCACCAAUUUCCUCGAGUUUGGAAUGCCCUUCUCUCCCCAGCAGCAGCAGCAGCAGCAGCAACAACAACAACAGCAACAACAACAACAACAGUCACUUCCUCCUCGUUCGGUUCCUGGGAACCCUUCUGCGACCGCUUCAGACCAGUUCGUUCGCAUGGACACCAAUGAUCCCACCUCUGCUUCACUCCAUCCCCACACAGGCAACACCAGCGGUCAUGAUGUCUCCGGUUCGCCUUCGUCAGGCUUGUCGAUGCCUUCCUACUCUACUACAACGGCUGUCAUGACUCCCGGGUUUUAUGCCCAGGCGCAGCAGUCCUCCCAUUUUCAAGAUCACCAGCAUUUACCGCAACAACAGCCACAGGAACCGUCACAGCAGCCGGCGAGUUCGCAUUAUCACAUUCCCAAUGGCCAAACCAUAAUUCCACCGACCCCCAACAGCAUUGAAUUACAUGGCAACGCGGCGCAGUAUCCGCAACGAGUGGACGAGUAUGAACAGGCGUACUACACUCCUCUUAUUUCCCCUGCAAUGACACCUUUGGAAACUCAGUUCCGCCUCCCAGAAUACACCAUUCCUGGAGAGUAUUUCACCCCUCUCACGUCUCCAGCUCUCGAAGCCCAGAACGCCAAUUCCAGUAACGGCUACCCGUUCCCGCAAGGAGGACCUCAAAUUCCAGAUAUGGGCUUCUUGCAGUCCCCCGCUGACCAUGCCCUUCCUGCAUCAUCGACACCUUCCUCGCCCGGCCUCCUUCGCACCAAACACCGCCGUCAUCCUUCGACGACCAAUCGAUUCUCUGCGCGAGCUAAGAAACAACAGUCGCCAUCUGUGCGGCCCCAAGCGCGCAAGAAAUCGCUCCUCAGUAUCAAUCCCGAUGAGAUGCUUAAUGAUCUUGGCCAGGAUGAUCGGGCCAGGCACCAGCCCAACGGUGGUAGCGGAGGAGGAUAUCAGUUCGGGAGCAACGAAAGUUCGCAGGACUCAGUGUCUCCUGAGCCCCUCUCGGAACCAUUGAUGCCCCCGCCCGCGAUUCCUCAUGCACGCAGGUCUCCGGCAAUUGCUCCUCAGACAUCCCGAUCGCAGGCUAACAACGCGCCCGCAACGCCCGCAAUGUUGAUGCGUAUUCAACGAUCGCAGCAACAGAGUCAAGAUUCGACUGGUCAAUUUACUGGCCAAGCGAAACUGGUGCCCGGUAGCGAUUCACAUGAUGAUAUUAUGACUGAUGUCGUCCUUCCCGAGGCUUCUAUAUCUGCUGGGCCCCGUCCAAAGAUGGCUCGUAUCGAUACGACUAUCCACUCGGGUGUCCCUACACCAGCAGCAUCAACCAGCGCGACCCCCGCGUUGGAACCCAAGUCCGCCCCAGUGGCACCCAGUCCGCGAUCAGUUGCCAUGCCGUCGCCUAGUGGACCGAUUGCCAAAAAGUCUGGAACGCCUAAACUUGGUCCAUCAAGUAGAAAGCGGCCAAGCCUGAGCUCAGCGCAACCCAGUCCGCAAAUACGUCCCAAGAUCAGCCCUAAUAUUCAACCCUUGGUACCACGUGGCGAUGGCGUCUCGAGUGAAACAUCUGCUUUGUAUCUGGCAUCUAAAUCCAAUUACCAACACAUUUUGGACGGAACACUCUUGCCGGGUGUAUCAUAUCCCGAGACCUUAGCUGAGAAUCUGAGUUCGAAACGCACAAACCACAAACUUGCCGAACAAGGUCGCCGGAAUCGAAUCAACAAUGCUCUUAAGGAAAUCGAAGGCCUGAUUCCUGUGGAGUAUGCAAAGAUGAAGAUCGCCAGAGAGGCUGCGGCUUGCAACGUCAAGCCCAGCGACAAGGAGAAGGAGAAAGCCGGAAAUCAAGCAAUCAGCAAGGCUAGUACGGUUGAAAUGGCCAUUGAUUAUAUCAAAUCGUUGCAGCAUGAAUUGGCAGGCACGAGGUUAAAGCUGGCGGCAGCGGAAGCCCGACUUGGAGAGAAAGAAGGUUCAGAAUCGAGCAAAGAUGGCUCGCGUUCUGGGUCGAAUGAAGAAGCCACCACCAAUAGUAAAUCGACAGAGGUUGCCAGUCCAAAUGUCCAGAGCGAUGGAAGUUCUGCAGCUGCGUCCUCAUGA